AGGUUUUCCCGGAAGCUGAGGUCAUCACCCAACGCUUCCUGUAAACUAAGAUGGCGUCGCUGCUGUUGUUUGGCUAACUAUUAGCUUUUUCCGAUCAACUUUAAGCAGGGGUCAGUGUGGCGUCCUGCUGUUCCUGGUUGAUGGAGGGUGGCUGGCGGGUCCCGGUGACCUGCUGUCGACCCAGGGUUCUACUCCUGCACGCCCUCUUCUGGACCCUGGUCACGCUGCGGGUGUUUGGGUCGGUGCUGCUCAGCGAAGACAAGUCAGAGACCCCGGCGGCGCCGUGCUGGCUGCUGGAGGACUUUGUGGUGACGACCGAGUGCUCGCAGUGCACGGCCUUCCAGUCGAAGACCUGGACGUCGUGUGCCGCCACCGGCUACGUGGAGCGGGUCAACUGUACCAGGUCCAACCGUGACGAGUACAAGAGCUGCCGCUCAUUUCUGCUGGAUGAUCGUCUUUUCUGGAGGUUCGAGUCUGUUCUCUUGGUUCUCACCGUUCUCUUUGCCUUCCUGGUGGUCAGACGUCAGCGCCGUUUGGACCGACUGGCAUCGGAGAAAGUGAGGCGGCAGAUCGAAUCCAUCUGACACCGCCCCCUUUUGUCAAUCCUCUUAAUAAAUGUACAUAAUAAAGAGACAGCCGUC